AUGGCGAACGAUGUGCCCACCCAAAUGGGGGACGACUCAGGGCUGAGCUUCAAGAUCGUCGACGAGGACAGCGUGCAGAGGUUCAUCAGAAGUGCAGUCUACAAGGAGCUGGUCGACUUCAUUACGCAGUUGAACAAUUCCGUUGUGGCGGUGGAGAUGCAUCCGCUGGAUCACUUCUACGCACGGGAAGACAGCACCGAAGGAGUAGCCACACGGAUUGAUCACGUCGAAAAUAUCCUAGUCAUUUCACGCAACGUACAAAAUGUACUCACGCUGGUUAGAAGCAUGAACAAGUAUAUAGAUCUAUGUCCCCCCAUUAAGCAACCCUCUCGGUUUGGCAACAAAGGCUUCCAACUUUUCUGUGAUGAAUACUACAAAGAGGUAGAUGAAAAAUUACCAAUCAUUUUAAGCCAAUCUGGAUUAGAGAACCCAUCCGAACAUACCUUCCAGUUGGGUCACUAUUUAAAAAACUCAGUUGGGAAUAGAAAGCGAAUUGACUAUGGUACGGGGCAUGAGUUGAAUUUUCUGCUCUUUCUCUUUUGCCUUAACAAGCUGCAUUUUUUUGGCCCGUCGGACUAUAAGCACCUCGUCCUCGUUCUCUACCGGCAAUACCUUGAAUGUGUGAGGAGAAUCCAAAUCACCUACACCGUGGAGCCUGCAGGGAGCAGAGGCGCCUGGGGGCUGGACGAUUUCCAGUUUUUGGUUUUUCUGUUCGGCGCAGCGCAGUUAUCCUACAACACACAGAUAAAGACGGACGAUAUCGAAAAGAAGGAACUGCUGGAGUUGUGGGCACCCAAGUACCUUUAUUUUGACGCGCUGAAAUACAUUUCGAUGCUGAAGCAUGCCCCCUUUCACGAAUCCUCCCAAAUGUUGUACGACAUUUCCGGCGUGGAGACAUGGGAGAAAAUCUGCUCGGGGCUGCUGAAGAUGUACCAAGCAGAGAUCAUCCAGAAGCGCCAAAUCCUGCAGCACAUUUUGUUCGGCAAACUGAUUGACUUUUGA